GGGUGGGGCCGGAAGUGCUGCUCCCGGAGUGGGGGCUGUUCAUGGCGGUUUCGGGGUCUCCGACAGUUUCGCAGGUUGAGGUCCAAAAACCUCCCGAAGCGGAGUCAGCGGAGCUUGAGGUUCUUGCUGGUGUGAAAUGACUGAGUACAAACUGGUGGUGGUUGGAGCAGGUGGUGUUGGGAAAAGUGCUUUGACAAUCCAGUUAAUCCAGAACCAUUUUGUGGAUGAAUAUGAUCCCACCAUAGAGGAUUCUUACCGAAAACAAGUGGUAAUUGAUGGUGAGACUUGUCUGUUGGACAUACUGGACACAGCUGGACAAGAGGAGUACAGUGCCAUGAGAGACCAAUACAUGAGGACAGGCGAAGGAUUCCUCUGCGUAUUUGCCAUCAAUAAUAGCAAAUCAUUUGCAGAUAUUAAUCUCUACAGGGAGCAGAUUAAGCGAGUGAAAGACUCUGAUGAUGUGCCUAUGGUGCUGGUAGGGAACAAAUGUGACUUGCCCACAAGGACAGUUGAUACAAAACAAGCCCAUGAGCUGGCCAAGAGUUACGGAAUUCCAUUCAUUGAAACCUCAGCUAAGACCCGACAGGGUGUGGAAGAUGCCUUUUACACACUAGUAAGGGAGAUACGCCAGUACCGAAUGAAAAAGCUCAACAGCAAUGAUGAUGGCACUCAAGGUUGUAUGGGGUUGCCUUGUGUGGUGAUGUAAUAAGACUCUUUGAAUGUUCUGUCACAGAAAAGAGCCACUUUCAAGCUGCACUGAUGCCCUGGUUCUGACAUCCCUGGAGGAGAUGUGUCCCUGCUGCUCUCUGCAUCUCAUCAGAGCUCCUGCUUCCUGUUUCCCUGACUCAGUGGAUGAGCAUAGCCAUCUAAUCUGAGACCUUAGAACAACUACCUCCUCACUGGGCUGUCUGACCAGAGAAAUGCACCUGUUUCUCCCCAGUAGUUUUCUGACCUGGGCUCUCCUCCCUAGAAACAAACACACCCCUGCCAGCCAGCUAGCUCUGUCCUGAAAGCAAUUUACACUCUGAUAGAACAAAAUAUGCAGUUUAUUAAGCUCUAAGUUAGCAACUUCUGGGGACUUUUUUCUCCCUCCCCUAACUGUUGAACUUGGCCUUGUUCGUGUGGGGGGAAAUGUCAAAUUACUGUUUCCCAUGAACAUAACUAAUGUUGUUGACAGGUUGAUUUGUACUGCGAUCAGCUGUAUUCUAUAAACUGGCAUCUGCUCUGUGUUCAUAAAUGGAAACAUGAAUACUGACUUGAGUCCAUCCUGAUCUUCUCAGCUGCAUGAAAUUAAAUCCAACUUUCACAACAAAGUGCCUUUGUCCUAAAAGUGGUCUGCAGGCUUCCUUUACGGUUUAUAAGUGGGAUAGGUGUUUCAAGAACCAUUAUAUAGGAAAGUGACUAUGAGCCAUCUCCCUUUGAGGGAAGGUGUAUCCACCAGAUGGCAGAUGCCAUGUCUGUACACAUGAAGAUAGUUUCCCUGUUUGGGUUCUCCCAGGAGAAAAGUGACACUGAAACAAUUCUGAGUAUUUUCACUUAAUUUUUAAUCUAGUCUUUUUUAGGUAGGUUACUAUCUAUAAAUACUUGUAAUUUCUAUUAGUUUACUGAUAUUUUAGUAUUCAAUGAACUUCCAUUAUAAUCAAACUUGGGUCAUACUAGGAAACUCUCCAUCUAUAGUUAGUCAGAUACUAUAAAAAUUAGUAUGUUAUUAUUACUUUAUAGCUAUGAUCAAUGAUUCUUCCAACCUCAAAUAUAGUUUAUUAGCAGACAGAUUA